AUGUGUACAUUUAAGCUACUGUACAAUGAAGGGACAAGAGUUUUCUGGAUUCAUGAUCCUGGUCCAACUGGAUGCUUUCCCAUUAGUUACAUUUAUAAUGUUCCCAACCCUAACCUGGAUGCAAAUGGCUAUGUGAAACCUCAGAAUGAGCUUGCUCAGGAUUUUAACAAGCAACUCAUUAGCUCAAAGACCAAGUAUUUUAAGAUGAGAACAAAGCUUCCACUUGUCAGGUUUACAUAUGUUGAUGUGUACACUGCCAAAUAUGAACAAAUCAGCAAUUCAAGGAACCAAGGUUUUGUUACUCCAUUGGAAUUCUGUUGUGGAAGUUACUAUGGUUACAACAUAAUACAUUGCAUGCAGAAAGCCAUAAUGAAUGGAACAGUAUAUGGCGGUGAUCAAUGCAAAAAUCCGUCUCAACAUGUUAAUUGA